AGCGCGCGCGCGCCGACCGACAUCUUGACGGGGUCGAGGACGUCCUCCAGGGAGCAUCGAAAGAGGGAGAGGAGCGGCGGCGGCGAUGUGAUUAAACUCGGCGAAUCUGGGCGUCGUGAACCGAGGCGGAGGCCGAGGAGGAGGAGACGACGGAGGCCUGUGUUUCGACCCCGGGUUUGUCUGUCAGGCGGGCGGGCGGCGAUGAGCUCGGGCCCCGGCUCGGCCUGUGGCUGCUGCCGCCGGCUCGGCUGACGGGGCGGACGGGGUUUGUUUUCGGCUUUAACCUCCCCCCCCCCCCCCCCCCCCCCAUCCUCGGUCGAGUGAUUAACUAAUCGCCGCUCCUCCACCCCAGUCUCCACCAGGAGAGGCCGGUGUAUGAGCCCAGGCCCUCCGUCCCUAACCCCCGGCUCCGGCCCAAGAUGAUGUGCGAGGUGAUGCCGACUAUCAGCGAGGACACGCUGAGCCCGCGGGGCUCGCAGUACGGCGUCGACACCGAGGCCAACUUCGAGCAGCUGAUGGUGAACAUGUUGGACGAGCGCGACAAGUUGCUGGAGAGCCUGCGGGAGGCGCAGGAGUCGCUGGCCCUGUGUCAGGCCAAGAUGCAGGAGGCUUUCCAUGAGAGGGACUCGCUGCAGAGGCAGCUCAACACCGCCUUACCUCAGGAGUUUGCAGCACUUACAAAAGAACUAAAUGUAUGUAGAGAGCAUUUGCUGGAACGGGAAGAAGAAAUUUCUGAACUGAAAGCAGAACGAAAUAACACUCGGCUACUUUUAGAACACCUUGAAUGUCUUGUUUCCAGACACGAGCGGUCACUCAGAAUGACUGUCGUGAAGAGACAAGCUCAAUCGCCAGCAGGUGUAUCUAGUGAAGUGGAAGUUCUUAAAGCACUCAAAUCAUUAUUUGAACACCACAAAGCUUUAGAUGAAAAGGUACGGGAGCGGUUACGAGUAGCACUAGAAAGAGUUAGUGCUUUAGAAGAAGAAAUUGUAAUUAGAGAGAAAGAGCUCUCCUUAUUUAAAGUGCAAAACAUCCAUCCUCCAAAGAGAAGCAUAGCAGAUACAUCAGAUGAAAAUCGUGGUGGUGAUAAUUUACCUAGCACAAAUGGCGUGAGAAUUUCUAAUAGUUCUAUCAGCCACGAUGAAGAUUUGAUUAAAGUAAUAGAGCUUCAGGAAACAGUAGAUAAACAAAGCAAGGAAAACGGGCAGAUGAAGGAUCGACUGGUUGCUCUCUCUGGUAGAGUAUCAGAACUUGAAGAGGAUCUGGAUACAGCCCGCAAAGACUUGAUUAAGUCUGAGGAAAUAAACACUAAGCUUCAGAGGGACUUUCGCGAGGCUAUGGCUCAAAAAGAAGACAUGGAGGAAAGGAUAACAACGCUUGAAAAACGCUACCUCAAUGCACAACGAGAAACUACAUCAGUACACGAUCUUAAUGAUAAACUUGAAAACGAACUUGCCAACAAAGAUGCCAUGUACAUACAGAGUGAAGAGAAGAACCGUCAGUUGCAGGAGCGGCUGGAACUAGCUGAACAAAAACUCCAACAGACGCUCAGAAAGGCAGAAACCCUACCGGAAGUAGAGGCAGAGUUGGCACAAAGAGUGGCAGCUCUCACAAAGGCUGAAGAAAGGCAUGGAAACAUUGAAGAAAGGUUACGGCAGUUGGAGGCACAGCUCGAAGAAAAGAAUCAAGAAUUGCAGCGAGCUCGGCAGAGAGAAAAGAUGAACGAAGAACACAACAAGCGCUUAUCAGAUACGGUAGAUAAACUGCUGUCAGAGUCCAAUGAAAGACUUCAGCUACAUCUGAAGGAAAGAAUGGCUGCAUUAGAUGAAAAGAAUUCGCUUAUUCGAGAACUUGAAAAUACAAAACAACUGAUUGAAGAGACGCACCAAGAGAAGAAUCAGUUGAUGGUUGAAAUUGAAACCUCACGGGCUGAAAAUGAUCAGUGGAAAGUGAAAGCGACUUCUUUUGCCGAUCCUCUACCUCCUAGCCGGCCGCAUUUGGGCAGCAGCUCGGAUUAUAGGUAUCCGUUGCCAACUGCGUCAGAGGGAGAUGCCCUCCCAGAUCCAUACAACAGCACUCCAGUAUUGCGCAGAACUCAGAAAGGCCGCUUAGCAGCUCUGCGAGAUGAACCUUCAAAGGUCCAGACUCUGAAUGAACAAGAAUGGGAGCGUGCGCAACAAGCCAGCGUCUUGGCAAAUGUCGCCCAGGCUUUUGAGAGCGAUGCUGAAGUGUCGGAUGCAGAAGAUGAUAGAGAGACAAUAUUCAGCUCUGUUGAUCUACUCUCACCAAGUGGUCAGGCUGAUGCCCAAACUUUGGCUAUGAUGCUUCAAGAACAGUUGGACGCCAUCAAUAAUGAAAUAAGGCUCAUCCAAGAGGAAAAAGAGUCCACACAGCAGAGGGCAGAAGAAAUCGAGAGCCGAGUGGGUAGUGGUAGCCUUGAUGGUCUGAAUCUCUGCCAAUACCGAGGAGGUACACUCCCUGCCUCUUUCACUGGCUCAUCCCUUGCCAGGUCUUCACCACCUGGCAGUGGACAUUCCACGCCAAGACGAACCCCUCGAAACGCUGCUCACGACAUGGACAGGCUUGGUGUCAUGACACUGCCUAGUGAUUUAAGGAAGCACCGUAGGAAGAUGGCUAAAGAGGAUGCUCGGGAAGAUAAAACAACUAUAAGAUGUGAAACAUCACCACCCUCUACUCCAAGAUCCAUUCGAUUAGACAGAAUCAACCAAGGUGCCUAUCACACGGUCAGCCAGGAGGACAUACGCGACAUAAGAAGUUCAACCGGGUCUCAGGAUGGCCAAGGCAGUCCUAGUAGCAGCAAUAGCAGCCAGGAUUCGCUUCACAAGGCUCCCAAAAAGAAAAGUAUAAAGUCUUCUAUUGGGCGACUCUUUGGUAAGAAAGAAAAGGGUCGGCUUGGACCGUCCGGCAAAGAUCUCACAGGGCAAGCUGGCAUACCAGAUAUGGAAACCGGUCCUCAGGAUACCUUGGGACUCAGUAAACUUGGCCAAGCAGAAAAAGAUAGGAAAUUGAAAAAGAAUAAUAAAUCAGGGACCGAAUUAUUGGAAGAAGCACGAAGGCAAGGGUUGCCAUUUGCGCUAUGGGAUGGCCCCACAGUGGUUGUAUGGUUGGAGCUUUGGGUUGGCAUGCCUGCUUGGUACGUGGCAGCAUGUAGAGCCAAUGUUAAAAGUGGUGCUAUCAUGUCGGCCUUAUCAGAUACAGAGAUUCAGCGAGAGAUCGGCAUUAGUAAUCCUCUUCACAGGUUAAAAUUGCGUCUAGCCAUCCAGGAAAUGGUAUCACUAACCAGUCCUUCAGCACCUCCAACUUCACGAACGUCCUCUGGAAAUGUCUGGUUAACACAUGAAGAAAUGGAAACUCUUGCUGCUACCCCACAGACGGAUGAUGAAGAGGGCAGCUGGGCCCAGACUUUAGCAUACGGGGACAUGAAUCAUGAGUGGAUCGGCAACGAGUGGCUUCCCAGUUUAGGACUUCCUCAGUACCGCAGCUACUUUAUGGAAUGUCUUGUCGAUGCCCGAAUGCUGGACCACUUGACAAAGAGAGAUCUCCGGGGUCAGCUUAAAAUGGUCGAUAGCUUUCACAGAAAAAGUCUACAUUGUGGAAUAAUGGCUUUAAAAAGACUGAAUUACGAUCGCAUCGAGCUGGAACGAAGACGAGAAGAAGGUCAAAAUGAAAUUAAAGAUGUCAUGGUGUGGACCAAUGAGCGAGUGAUACGUUGGGUGCAGUCAAUUGGACUUAAGGAAUACGCAAAUAAUCUUUUAGAAAUUGGGGUUCAUGGUGGACUCAUCGCACUGGAUGAGCUUUUUGAUUUCAACGCACUGGCUCUUUUGUUACAAAUACCAACACAGAAUACACAGGCUCGCCAGUCUCUGGAGCGAGAAUUUAACAACCUCUUGGCUGUAGGAACGGACAGAAGACUAGAUGAUGAGGAUGAGAAAGGUUUCAGGCGAGCUCCUUCCUGGAGAAAGAAAUUCCGGCCGAAGGAUGUAAGGGGUAUGACGGCUGGAUCAGCAGAGACACUCCCUGCUAACUUUAGAGUUAACUCAACAUUAUCUCCAUCCCCCAUACAGCCAAAGAUGAUGCAAGCAGAUGGCAAUGUUUCUGGAGAGCAGAGAUUGGAUUCUACCACUGUACGAACCUAUUCAUGUUAAUUUUGGCUUCCUUCCACUAUACCAACGGAUGACUGCACAGCGUUCAAAGCCUUCAGACAUGAAGUGUACAUCACGUGAAUAGGUGCAAAGCCCAGGAUAUUUGUGACGUAGCAAUAUUUCUAACUUGGACUUAAUAUUUUGCUACAGACAUUUUAAUUAGUUGAACAACAAGUCAUGAGUACGUGAGAGAUAAAAAUUUUAGAAUAAAUGUUUCUUAUAUUUAUGUAGACCUGUUUCGAUCUUGAUUUAUUGUAGCGCUUGCUUUAAUUGUGUACACCUGCUUAAGACACAUUUUAUAAUGUACAAUUCUUUCUUGCAUCAAUUUUCUUUACUCUUAAUCAUGUUAUUUUUCAAGGAAAUGUACCAUAUGUCCGUACGUAUUCAUCCUCAUGAAAGCCAUGGGGCUUUUGUAAAUCGUUAUGUAAUUACUACAGAUAUUCAGAUAUUCAGAUUUUUUUUUAUAAAGUUGAGGACAAACAAAGGUUAUAAUGGCAUUUUCAUGCUGUUUUUCCCAAGAGAAACUGCAUGUUGACAGCACUAAGUUUGUUGAUGUUGUAGUUAGUUUAAAGUCUGUAAUUAAGUACUUUUUAAACCACCUGUUCUAAUUUUUAAAACUGUAAAUGCUUAUCCUUUUUGCAGUAUGGUUAAUAACGAGUAGAUGGAUAUAAGAGAAAGCCAUAUAUAUAGGAAUAUUAAGGAUAAGGUGAAACUGAAUGCAAGUGCUGACCUGCCAUAGCUUCAUGGUAUUUCCACCCUUUGCUCUUGAGGAAAAGGCUGGUAUAACUUUUCCAUGGACCAAUAUCACCAACUGGUGUCACCUGGGGUGAAAGAGAUGGAGAGGGCAGGUCCAUUCAAUUUAAAGUAUAAGAAGUGGGGUACUUUUUAAAAUAAAAUGAAAGCCUUAUUUAUUUUUUAAGAAGUAUGGUUCACUGUUUUCGCAACCCUUUCCUAAUCUAGAUACUGUGCAUUUUACUUUAUAAAAGAUGAUCCAUCAAUAGGAGACUUGAGAAAAUGUUGUCUUGGAUUUAUCAAUGGGACCGUUCAAUAUUUUUCAAAAACCCAUCAACAUCUCAGCUGCAGUUUUGUUGGUAUCAUGGUGAGCUAUGUAUGGUGUACCAACACAUUGUAAUUCUGUCUUAAAGCUACUUGGAAUGGUCGACUUUUUGAUGUAUGUUGGCCUGAAUCAUGUACUGUUAAUUGUCCAAUAUUCGUUGCUGUCUGAGAUUUUCCUCUUUCGCCUUGUAACAAAUUAUGUACAGUCUAUACAGUACGUUGAACUAUUUUUAUCACGUAUUUAUUGGUUUAUUUCAAUAAAAUUCUUAAACUUUUAUUUUCCACUGCCAAUAAACAAA